UCUCUCUCUCGCUCGCGUGCUCUCUCUGUCUCUUUCUCCGUUGAUCGAAUUGGCCCUAGGUUGGCGCAGGAUGCCUCGUCCUGAAGCCUAGAUCUGCGGAAUCGGCCCCUUCUCAGCCGUGAACCUUCAUGAGUUUAGGACGAAGGAAGGAGGAGGAGGAGGAGGAGGUGGUGGUGGUGGUGGGGGUGGGGGUGGGCGGGGGAAGAUGGUGUUCAAUGGCUUCCUGAUCGUUUCCGUCGCGUCGUGGUCGGCAGAUGCUUGCCAGUAUAUCUCCUGCAACCCUGAGCGCCUCCCCACUGCCCAGGUCUUCCACCUCCUCUGCUGCGUUCCCCUGCAGCAGAUCCGCAGGCUCGCCGUUUGCCUCUGGUCCAUCCUCUGCAACCCCAACUCCCAGUUCUUCUCCGAUUCAUCUUCCGACGAUUCCGACAUCGGUUCUGAUGCCGGCGACUACUAUGAGGACUCGCACUCCGAUUGAUAUGCUCGCGAUCGACUCCUCUUUGUCGCUUCGUUGUUGCUUCCUUCUUCUUCUUCUCCUAAGGCUCGUAACAUAGAGGUUUUUUGAUGAAUCAACAUCCGUCCUGAUCCUUGUUGUUGUUUAUAGCUUGAGUGAGACUUGUCUCUAUGGGAAAUUGAGUUUCCCUUCCGUUCUUUUCAUCUUACGUCCGUUUUUGAUGUAUUAUAAGUGCCAUUUGUAUGAAUAAGAUGAUUAAUCUGUUUAGGUGAUUCUUCUCGUUUGUGUUGUUGUUA